AUGGGCAAUUGUUCGUCUAGCUGGGCCAUUGCUGCCGUCAGCUCCAUGACGGACAGGCUUUGCAUUGCCCAGAAUGAGAGGCUUGAAUUGUCAGUGCAACAGCUUCUUUCGUGUGAUCAAAAGUUUGGGAAAGGCUGCAAUGGAGGUGCUCUGGACAUGGUUUGGAACUAUAUGAAGGAGGAGGGCUUGGUAAGUUCCACGUGCUUUCCUUACAAGGAAAGCUCAGGCUUCUUCAAGGAAGCUGCCCCCGCCCUCAGGCUGACGCCCUUCCGUGUUCUUUCCAGUGCAACGAGGAGCCCAAGCGGCUCAGCUCCGCGUGUCGUCUCAGCACUGCAGAGCAGAUCCGUCGAGAGAUAUUCAUCAACGGCCCUGUGGUGGCCCCCAUUGUGCUUUGGAAUGACUUCUUGA